AUGCAACCCAGAAUCUUCUCAUGCCAUGGCGCGAUUGCCACCAUUGCCAUGAUGGCGUUGAUGCUUCCAGAAUCAUGUCACCUGGCGACGACAAACAAGUCGUAUUUCUUUGCGGAUGCCUUUGGCAUAUUGCCGAUGGAACAACUUGACCAAUCUGCAGAGUUCCUUGCCUUGAUCUCAUCACCAGCUCAGGUUUGGUUGUCGUCUUCGUUACCCUUGACAGCGCCACCACUGCCAUCACUCUUGGCAUACACGUCGACAUCGAGGACAUUGAAAUCAAAAUCAAAAACCCAUACCACCUGGUCGUCUCUUGCUUUGCCAGCGGAUCUCUCGUAUGUCUGCGACGAAGAUGGGUGUUACGUCGUGGAAAGCGAUGAUGACAAUCAGGAAAGACCCAUCAUGAAAGACUUACUUGGAGGAAUUACUAGAACGACAGCUGCUGUUGCCCAAUCGGCUGCAUCGGACACUUUUGCUAAAACGUCAGGAGGUAGUUCCCGAAUAUAUUUGACAUCGGAAGAACAACAACUCUUUCAAUUGCUCGUGGACUUUCGAAACGAGUGUUGUCCAGCUACGACCAUUCGAGUUGCGGGGGGGUGGGUUCGAGACAAACUUUUAGCCUAUCAACAGGAUAUUGAAAAUGGAAAUUCUGAUGCUAAUGCGGCUCGGCAAACAAGAACGACAUUUCACUCGAGCAAGGAUAUCGAUUUAGUCACAUCCAACAUUUCCGGCCAGGCAUUUGCGUACCUAUUACGAGGGUACCUCAACAAACGACGAUCCAAAAAUCCGUUUCGUUCCAUCGAAAAGCAGGACUAUGAUUUGGAGUUUUCCUUUCCUCACUUGACAUAUUCCAAAACGGAAUCAUCGAGUACCUAUACCGAUGAUGAUGGUGAUGAUGAGGGUGCUGUAUCGCUUGGUUCCAGCAAACGAAAUUAUGUCAGCAGCAAUCCUUUGCAAACUGCCACUUUUCAAAUUGGAGGAUUUGAUAUUGAUGUUUGCCAUUUAAGAAAGGAUCAGUACGAUGGUACCAGCCGAGUGCCAACACAAACUCAGCUAGCAUCUGCUGCGGAAGAUGCAUGGCGACGUGACCUUACCAUCAAUAGCCUCUUUUACAACCUUCAUUCCAAUCAAAUUGAAGAUUGGACCGAACAAGGUCUCAAGGAUCUCUUGUCCAAACGAGCCAUUGCAACACCCAAGGCACCACUUCCAACCUUGCUACAGGAUCCUCUUCGGAUCCUUCGAGCGAUUCGGUUUGCGGCACAAUUCUCCUACGCCAUGGAUCCCAAACUCAUCAAGGCGGCUCAAAAUCCCCAAGUUCAGUCGGCGAUCAAUGCCAAGCUGUCACAAAGCAGACGCGCCAAGGAAAUGGACGCCAUCUUUCGGACUUCGAAUCCAUCAUUAGGCAUUGGCUUUCUACUGGACACGGAUUUGUUAUCCGCAUUGCUCCCAUCGCCAAUUGGAGCUAUCAGAUCCAGCAAGAGCAUCACCGAUAUUGACCAUUGGGAAAAGGGAUUUCUCGUUCUGUUGUACACCCAACGACUCGCCAGUCAAGUCUUUGUCAAAGGUGGUGACUGGAAGGAUGUCAAUCGGCGGUUUCUCUGGUAUGCGGCAUUGUUGCAGCCCUUUUACCACCAAUUGCAAAACCAGCAGGACCAGGACCAGGACCAUAAGACUGAAUCGAAGCGAUCCAAGAGUCGACUCUUUGACCUGUUGAAUUCAAAACUGAUGAUUUCCAAGAGCGAUGUGCAAAGCAUCGAAUCAAUCAUAAGAGGUCUGGACACCAUACCAGAUUUACUGAAUAUGGACUUGACUACUAAUUUCACAACUACUACGACUACAUCAGGAACAGGGUUGGACAAUGACCAAAGUCUCCAACAGUCCCAAAGAUUGGCAUAUUAUGAAGCACUAGUACGAAUCGGUCCACUUUGGAAGGAGAUGCUGCUACUACAUUUUGCGAUCGGGUGUCAGAAGGGGGAUGUAUCCAUGUCGAUUGAAAAAGCAAUCUACGACUUUAAGAGGAUUGUGUCCAAGAUUCGGAAUCUUGGUUUGGACUCGAAUGGGGGCAACUAUGGCAACAUCUUCGGAUUGCACCCACUUUUGACGGGCGCAGAGCUCAUGAGGGACACACUUCCUCGCCUCUCGCAAGGAAAAUUAUUCAAAAAGGUCAUGGAAGAGCAAAAACGGUGGCAAAUAUGCCAUCUGGAUGCCAUCACGACACAAUCCAAGGAGGCGAUGGUGCAAAAGUUGACAGAUCAUCUCCAGAAAUGUUUCCCCGAUUAUGUUUGA